UGCAUUUGAGGAAUCUUGUGGACAGGAUGGCUGUCCGGCUUUGUAUGGGCUACCUUGAAGUCUACCUUGAAGACUUCCUAACCACCACGGAGACGCAGGGCCACACUCCGGCGGUGCAAGGGGAGGAGUUAGAGGAUGGGCGUCAUCUUCCCCACGAGGGGCGCUUGCGGACUACAUUUCCCAGAGACCCCCGCGAGGACGGGGCGGCCGCUUCAUUUGCCUGCGGGACCCUCGGCCUCCAGGGCAGGGAAAGUGCGCAGCGAGCGGCCUAGGCACCCGGGGCCCCACUAGGCUGCGCAGGAACUUCCCUGGGCGUCUGAAGGGACAUUCCUGGAGAGAUGAAAAUGUACUAAAACUACAUUGUGGAGAACAGCCUUGAGGACUGAUCAUUUCCUGCAAUACUGAAAGCCAUGGCUGAGCUGGAAUGAAAAGGAAGCGUGGGAAAUGGGCAGCUCCAAGGGCUAUGGCUGAAGCUUCGUCUCUGUCUUCUUUGGCUGUUCCUGUAGUGGCACCUGUUCCUUGAUCAGCAAGGGACUGGAUCUCAUUUCCCCACAGCAUAACCGUGUGCCAUAUCUUUUCUCAUGAGCAGGAUUUUACAUUCCUAAGCCUCAAGUGAUCUCUUUACUGGAACAAGGAAAAGAGCCCUGGAUGGUGGGCAGAGAGCUUACAAGAGGCCUGUGUUCAGACCUGGAAUCAAUGUGUGAAAGCAAGUUAUUAUCUCUAAAGAAAGAAGUUUAUGAAAUAGAGUCAUGCCAGAGGGAGAUAAUGGGACUUACAAAGCCUGGCCUUGAAUACUCCAGCUUUAGAAAUGUUUUAGAAUAUAGAAGUCAUUUUGCCAGACAAAAUGGGCAUUUAAGUCAAGAAGUAUUCUCUAAUGAAUAUGUACCCACAUUUAUUCAACAGUCUUUCAUUACUCUACAUCAAAUAAUGAAUAAUGAAGAAAAACCCUAUGAAUGUAAAAAAUGUGGAAAGACCUUUAGUCAGAACUCACAAUUUAUUCAACAUCAGAGAAUUCAUAUUGGUGAAAAAUCUUAUGAAUGUAAGGAGUGUGGGAAAUUCUUUAGUUGUGGCUCACAUGUUACUCGGCAUCUGAAAAUUCAUACUGGUGAAAAACCCUUUGAAUGUAAAGACUGUGGAAAGGCUUUCAGUUGUAGCUCAUACCUUUCUCAACAUCAGAGAAUUCAUACUGGUAAGAAACCCUAUGAAUGUAAGGAGUGUGGGAAAGCCUUUAGUUACUGCUCAAAUCUUAUUGAUCACCAGCGAAUUCACACUGGUGAAAAACCCUACAAAUGUAAAGUAUGUGGGAAAGCCUUUACUAAGAGCUCUCAGCUGUUUCAACAUGUUCGGAUUCAUACAGGCGAGAAACCCUAUGAAUGUAAGCAAUGUGGCAAAGCCUUUACUCAGAGCUCAAAACUUGUUCAGCAUCAGAGAAUCCACACUGGUGAGAAACCCUAUGAGUGUAAGGAAUGUAGCAAAGCCUUUAGCAGUGGCUCAGCACUUACUAACCAUCAGAGAAUCCACACUGGUGAGAAACCCUACAAUUGCAAGGAAUGUGGGAAGGCUUUUACUCAGAGCUCACAACUUCGCCAACAUCAGAGAAUUCAUGCUGGUGAGAAGCCCUUUGAGUGUCUUGAAUGUGGGAAGGCUUUUACUCAGAACUCACAACUUUUCCAGCAUCAGAGAAUCCAUACAGAUGAAAAACCAUAUGAAUGUAGUGAAUGUGGAAAGGCUUUCAAUAAAUGCUCAAAUCUUACUCGCCAUUUGAGAAUUCACAGUGGUGAGAAGCCCUAUAAUUGUAAGGAAUGUGGGAAGGCCUUUAGUAGUGGCUCAGAUCUCAUUCGUCAUCAGGGAAUUCAUACUAACUAAUAAUAAAAAUUAUGACUCUUAUCAUCUUAAUGUUUUAGACAAAAAUUCAUAUUUGGUAGUUACCCUGUAUCUAUGUUUUAUUUGUAUACAAGUUUUCAAUCCAAAUGCAUUUCACUCUAGGAUAUGAAUUUAGAGUCUAAAUUGACAUCCCCUCCAUAUUGUAGCAAUCAAUGCCACUUGUUCAUUAAUUCUUUCUUUCCCCCAUUGUUUGGUGCUAUAUUAUAUUCUUGUAUGUAUUUGCUUGUAUUUUAGAGUUCUUCCCUUUUCUGAUAUUUGUUAUUUUAAAAAAAAAAUUUUGUAGUUUUGUAUGGAGAGAAUGCCUUUGUUUAUUUUUAUAUGGUGCUGAGGAUCAAACCCAGUGAGUAACUCACACAUGCUAGGCAAGCUCUCUGCCACUGAGCUACAGCCCCAGCCUUGUUUUUGCAUUAGUAUCACACUGUUUAAAUUGUGUGACCUUUCAUAAUUUGAAAUUCCUUGUGGAAUUAUAAAUUUGGGGCGGGGGUCAGUGCUAGGGAUUAAACUCAGGGGCUCUCAACCACUGAGCACAUCCCCGACUCUGUAUUUUAUUUAGAGAAAGGGUCUCAAUGAGUUGCUUAUCGCCUUGUUUUUGCCAAGGCUGGUUUUGAACUCA